AUGUCCAUAUCAAUAUCCAGGCCCACCUCCAUCCCCUCGUCCAACUGGACGUCCCAGCCCCGAGCCUUUCCCACCACUGGCUUCGAACUCCUCGACAAUUCCUCCAAGAUCGAGGAGGAAACAUUGCCUACCUAUUCCGCAGAGAACUACUACCCUGUGCGACAAGGAGAGAUUCUCAACGAAAGAUAUCAAACCAUCGCAAAGCUCGGUUACGGAGUCACCUCCACCGUCUCGCUCGCCCGAGACCUAGCCAAGUCCACUCACGUCGUCCUGAAAAUUUACGUUCGGGGCCAAAACAGAGACCAUGAGUUGAAUACGUACAAUCAUCUUAAUUCCUUUGAGACCGAUCAUCCAGGCAAGGAAUUCAUCCGAAAACUCCUCGCUCAUUUUUACGUGGACGGUCCGCAUGGCCGGCAUGUUUGUCUAGUCCAUGAGCCUCUGGGGUUGAAUGUCACCGAUCUCUUGCGCCUCACGCCCGGGCGGACGAUGUCUGUGAAGAACAUGAAACCCGCUAUCCGGAAACUUUUGGGGACUUUGGAUUUUCUCCAUUCUGUCGCUGGGGUUAUACAUACCGACGUCCAACUCCGAAAUCUUCUCCUCCCAGCACCUUCCCCUGCUGCCCUUUCCGCCUUUGAGGAACGCGAGCUGAACACUCCCUCAGCAAGAAAAGUCCUCACUGACCGAAUAAUCUACACCACAAUACUUUUCCCAGCCGGAGACGGGCUUCCCCGGCUAAGUGACUUCGGAGAAGCCCGAUAUGGCGACGAAUAUCAUGACGAGUCCAUCAUGCCGGAUUAUUAUCGUGCUCCGGGGGUCAUUCUGAAGUCCAGCUGGGACUAUAAGGUGGAUGUCUGGAGCGUUGGUAUGGUUGCAUGGGAUAUUGUCAGCCCGCGCACCCUCAUCCAAGGCUCCACGAUAGACGGCAUCUUCGACGACGGCGCGCACAUCGCAGAACUAGUUGCCCUACUCGGCCCGCCGCCCCCGGAAUUCGUCAAACGGACUCCUCUGGCCCGCGUCUUCUGGGACGAGCAAGGAAAUUGGAAAAAUCUGGUUCCGAUCCCUGAUCGAAGUCUGGAGAAGUUGGCUGAGGGGAUCCAGGGCGAGGAUGUAGAAGGGUUUCUGGGGUGGUUGCGGAUGGCGUUGCGAUGGAACCCGGAGGAUCGACCCACGGCGACGGAUCUGUUGAUGGAUCCGUGGUUGUUGAGGGGGCUGAAUAUCAAGAUAUAG